GAUGGCGAAAUUAACUCCUGCAAUUAUCAUACUGUCUUUAUUGACAUUAUUUGUUGCUGGACAGGAUUCAGCAAUUCAGUUUCCGGGAGACUCUAACACCGAAGAGUGCCAUAUUUGCAGCUCUAGUUCACAAUUACAAGAGCCUGUAGGAAGUCCAUAUGAAAAUUAUGUAGAUCAUGUAAUUGCUAGAGGCAUUAAUAAAUUAUGCUUAGAAAUCAACCAGAAAUAUCAGGAAAUAAACAAAGUUGAUAAUACUGUGUUUUCUCCCAUAAAUAUUGCAGGAGCUUUAGCACUUCUCUUGUUAGGCUCAAAUGGUCAAACAUUUCACGAAUUAGCUACGGUAUUAGGACUAGCUACAGGACUGGAUAUUGAAAACAAUUCUGAAAGAGUGCAUGAACAUCUCGGGCAGAUAUUUCGGAAAAUAGAGCAACGUCCAUACUCUGUAGGAGAAGAUGAGCAACAAAUAAAUUUCGCUAAUGCAAUUUUUGUGCAAGAUAGCUUUCCAAUUAGAAAAAUAUAUAAGGAGACCGCAGACAGCCUAUAUAAAUUUGAAAUUUUUAAUCUCAAUUUUGAAACAGAACCAGUAAAAGCACAGAAGUAUGUAAAUGCUUGGGUCUCCGAUAGAACUGUGGGAAAGAUCAAGGAAAUUCUAAGCGAACCUCCACUUCCAAGCACUAAAAUAAUUCUAGCUAGUGCUAUGUACUUCAAAGCGAAAUGGGAAGUUCCUUUCUUAGGUGAAGGGGUGACACAAAGGAGACCUUUUUACCCAAAUGGCAGGAAGUCACCUUCGGAGUUUGAAGUAGAAAUGAUGGGAGUUGGGGGCGAAUUUCCGCAUUUCAAAGAUAACAAAUUAGGCUGUGAAAUUUUAGGACUUCCCUACAAAGGAAAUAAAACUGUCUUCUAUAUAAUCAUGCCGUUUGAGUCAAGCGUUCAAAAGCUUAAAGAAUUUGAAGAUCGAAUUACAGCAGCAGAUUUGGAGUCUUUAGCGGAUAAGGCAAUUUAUAAAAAAGCUUUGGUAAGCUUUCCUAAGAUGACAUUGGAAAGUACUUUAAAUAUGAAAUCGGUCUUGACCAAAUUAAAUAUUACAAAUUUAUUCAAUCCUGCACAGGCUAACUUGGGCCUUAUGUCAGCUGGUCCAGCCAACAUUCCGUUUAAACGGUUUCCACAUGAAGAAUCUGAAAUAAAUCCUCUAACCCCACACCAAGAUAAUCCCAAUGAUGUAAUUAUUUUUAAUAGAUUUGGCAAUCCGGUAAACUGUUCAAGUAUUUUUGACAAAUCUAAUAAUAUUACAACUUGCGAAGAUACUGUGGUAGAUGCCAAAGGGGAGCAUAAAGUAAUCUACAAAAAGUUUGGAAAUAAAAUAGGUCGAAGAAUAGCGAGAAGUAUAUCGAACGAAAAAACUUUUAAAAAAUCUAGUAAAGCAUUCUCGAAUUCUAGAGAUACUAUUGAUAAUUUGAGACAUCUUAUUAACAAACAAUCAGCCGAUAACAAUUACCUAAAUCCAGGUUUAUAUGCAGAUAAAGUCAUCCAUAAGGUUUACCUGCAGGUUACAGAAGCUGGCACUGAAGCAGCAGCCACAACCAUCGUUGCUCUACCUAGAAGCUACUCUAGUCUUGGCUUUAGAGUCGAUGUUCCUUUCUUAUUUUUUAUGAGACAUGAAAUAACGAAAACAAUAUUGUUUUGGGGAUCAGUUGAGAAACCAACUCCGUAUUUUAAAGCAGAUUCUUAAAAUUGUAAAUGCUUAUAUUCAAAUUUGAUUAUAGAACCGUAUUUGGCAAUACUUAAAUACAUUAUAAAAAAUUGUUGACAUAUCCUAUAUAUCAGCCGUUUAUAUUGUAACAUGCACCUAACAUAAAUUAUUUAAUGCUAACAUUUAUUUUUAAGUAUUUACUGUCACAGUUGCCAAUUUAAGUUAUUACAAUGUAAUAAUAUGGUGUUCAUAAAUGCUGAGAAUAUUAC